AAGAUGGCCGACUCAGAACAACUUGACACUCUGGAAAAAACAAUUGAAGGUUUAGAACAAAUUGUUUUCGGCUGUGUCGAAAAAGAUGCACAUUAUCCGAAGGUUUCUGAAACUAAAGUUCAGUGUAUUGAUAGCUUGUUAGAGAUCAACAAUAAAAUAUCAACUUCUGUUACUGGCAAAAAAAGAAUUCCUAAAGCUUUUACUAAAUUAAAUGAAUUAAAGUUAUCGUUAGACCCUGCCUACACAGAUGAGAUGACUUUAUCAGAAUCAGCUAAAAUAGAUACAGUCCUAGCAGAAGAAGAGUUUUUAAGAGAACAAGCUAAUAGAUUAGACACCAUGCAACAACUAGAAGAGAUGAUCAGCAGUGAACAUAUUAAAGCUGUACCUAAAUUUUCUGGUAAACUUCAUGAAUUGAGUCAAGUUCAGAUUAAACAACAGGACCAGACAGCUUUGAUAACAGAAGAAGUUCAACAAGCAUUAGAUUCUUAUAAUACUAUUAUCACCCUGCUGUCAAAACAGUUUGCUAAAUGGGAUGAAAUUGUUACAAACGCAGAAAUAGCAGCCCAGAAAAAAUGAGAGACAUUGUAACAAAAUAGUGCAAUUUUGAAUUAUCUUUCCUUGGUAUGGUGCUUCAAACUUUGUUAUUGAAACCAAAUUUGUUUGGCAUUUAAACAAUUCUUUUUGUUUCAUUGACUGCUGUUAGAUCUAUUUCAGUUAUGUGUUAAGCACAAGACUUAACUUGUGUAAGGUGUUAUAGAAGAAGCACUGUUCUCUCAUGUGUAGAGACCAUGCUUAACGGCAUCUCAAAGUAAAAUUAUAAUUUGAAUAAAAUAUGUUACUAAACUUGUGUAGGACUACGAACAUCACAAAUGCUAUGUUUAACUAUAAUUUGAAUAGACUAAGUCUUACUACAAACAUCACAAAUGCUAUGUUUUGAUUCUAGCAAUUGUGCUGUGACAAACACCUUUGUUUAAAGAUUUAAGAGAGGGGCCUCUACAAAAGAGGCUUUAAGUUAUUCUUUAUGUUGGUGUACUAGUAUUACUUAUAAAUAUCUUUGAACAUUCAGUGGCUACAUUGAGUAGAAUUGAAGACAAUUUCUUUGUUAAUUUAUUUAUUGUAUAUAUGGAAAUAAAAUAUAUU